GUCGCCCGGCCCCGCCCCGCCCCGCCGGUUCCCGGAAGCGACCGAGGAGAAGCGCUCCCGGGCGCAGGCGGGGGUCGUGUGCCUGGCGGAGGCCGCGGCACCCCCAGGGCCCGCCCGGGCAGCCGGCGCGGCCAUGGCGCGGAGCCUCGGGAGCUGGCUGGGCGGCUGCCUGCUGGUGUCAGCAUUGGGAAUGGUGCCACCUCCUGAAAAUGUCAGAAUGAAUUCUGUUAAUUUCAAGAACAUUCUACAGUGGGAGUCACCUGCUUUUACCAAAGGGAACCUGACUUUCACAGCUCAGUUCCAAAGUUAUAGGACAUUCCAAGAUAUAUGCGUGAGUACUACCUCGACGGAAUGUGAUUUCUCAAGUAUUUCCAAGUAUGGUGACCACACCUUGAGAGUCAGGGCUGAAUUUGCAGAUGAGCAUUCUGACUGGGUAAACAUCACCUUCUGUCCUGUGGAUGACACCAUUAUUGGACCCCCUGGAGUGCAAGUAGAAGUACUUGCUGAUUCUUUACAUAUGCGUUUCUUAGCCCCCAAAAUUGAGAAUGAAUAUGAAACUUGGACUAUGAAGAAUGUGUAUAACUCAUGGACUUAUAAUGUGCAAUAUUGGAAAAAUGGUACUGAUGAAAAGCUUCAGAUUACUCCUCAGUAUGACUUUGAGGUCCUCAGAAACCUGGAACCGUGGACAACUUAUUGUAUUCAAGUUCAAGGGUUUCUUCCUGAUAGGAACAAAACUGGGGAAUGGAGUGAGCCUGUCUGUGAGGAAACAAACAAUGACGAAACGGUCCCCUCCUGGAUGGUGGCCGUCAUCCUCAUGGCCUCGGUCUUUGUGGUCUGCCUGGCACUUCUCGGCUGCUUCGCCUUGCUGUGGUACAUUUACAAGAAGACAAAGUACGCCUUCUGCCCUGGGAAUUCUCUUCCACAGCACCUGAAGGAGUUUUUGGGCCAUCCUCAUCAUAACACGCUUCUGUUUUUCUCCCUUCCAUUCUCGGAUGAGAAUGAUGUUUUCGACAAGCUAAGUGUCAUUACAGAAGACUCUGAGAGUGGUAAGCAGAAUCCUGGUGACAGCCGCAGCCUCAGGACCCCGCCUGGCCAGGGAUCCCAGAGCUAGGCUCUGAUAAGGAAACACACUCGGCUGGGCACAGUGACACACUCCAUCUCACAUCUGCCUCAGUGAGGGAUCGGGGCAGCAAAUGAGGGCCAAGGCCACCUGAGCCAGCCCCACGUCUGGAACUCCUAGACCCUGGACUUAUCUAAGAAACCAAAGAGCUACAUUUUAAAGGCUCUCUUGGCAAAAAUACUCCAUUUGGGAACUCACUGUCUUAUAAAGGCUUUCAUGAUGUUUUUAAAAGUUGGCCACUGAGAAUGCAAUUUUCAGCCUCUUAUAUCACUAAAAAAGAAUCAUGUUUAAUUGUGAGAAAUAGGGCUGAGCAUAGUGGCUCAUGCCUGUAAUCCCAGCAUUUUGGGAGGCCAAGGCAGGUGGAUCACCUGAGGUCAGGAGUUUGAGACCAGCCUGGCCAACAUGGUGAACCCCCAUCUCUACUGAAAAUACAAAAAAUUAGCUGGGCGUGAUGAUGCACACCUGUGAUCCCAGCUACUUGAUUGGCUGAGGUGGAAGAAUCGCUUGAACUAGGUGGAGGAGGAGGUUGCAGUGAGUCAAGAUCAUGGCACUGCUCUCCAGCCUGGGUGCAGAGUGAGGCUCAUCUCAAAAAAGAAAAAAUUGUGAGAAACAGAAAUAUUUAAAAUGAGGAAUAAGAAUGGAGAUUUAACAUUCUACUAGAUUAUGGAUAGACUGAUCUGAAAAUCAACCUCAACUCAAGGGUGGUCAGCUCAAUGCUAUACAAAACAUGGAUUUUUGAAUUCUUUAGAGUACUUUGAAUUUAUUUUUCUACCUAUAUAUGUUUUAUAUGCUGCUGGUGCUCCAUUAAAGUUUUACUGUCUAUUG